AUGGGUUUAAUUGGGAGAAAGGAGGCUUUUUUAAGGGUUCUUGCGAUUGUGUUCUUGGUGCUGACGGCCUGUCUAGUGGGAUUCGAUACCCAAACUAAACUUCUCUUCUAUACAAUCUCCCGAAAAGCAACCUUUAGGGACUUGAAUGCCUUAUUUGUUUUGGUAUGGAUUGAUUCUGCUGCUGCUAUAUACAAUCUGCUCCACAUAUUCAGAGGUUAUGUCUUGCCCGGUUCUAAAGAGGACUUAACAAGCAAUUACAAGUAUCUGGCUUGGGGUUUGCUCAUAUUGGACCAGGGUGUGCCAAGCUACCAUCCCAAGCAGGGAUGGGAGAUAUAUGAGGAACAAGGGUCAAGGGGGUGGGAAGAAGUUGGAGGCUAA